AUGUUACUGGACGCGGGUCACCUGGCUCCAUUUUCCCGACAUCACCCGGCGGGUGAGUCACACGACAGGGACUCGAACUUUGGAGAAGCGGCGCAUGUAGGCGCCUUCAAGCUGAGCCACGGCGAGCUGUCUCCGGGUCAAGGAGCGACCUUCGGCCCACAGGCUUCAGGCUACGCGGCUCUGGGCGCCUCAUAUGGAGGCUCGGCGUUCGGGUUGUUAUGCGGUCGAGGCUUUGCAGAUCCAGAACGCAGCCUCUUCAGCCCGGCGACCGGGGCGCUUCAUCCAUCCCAUGCGGACGCGCAGGGUCAUCUGCUCAUCCCUGGGUUCCACGAGCAGCACAACUCAACCAACAACGCGCUGUUUGCACGGCCAGACCAGUACCACCAUCAUCACCACCAUCACCAGGUGUCCACCAACGCGCGUCCUGACCCGUACGGCUUGAAUCCCGUCGCAGCAGCAGCCGCGCAUCACCACCAUCACCCGGCAGCUUUCUUCCGCUACGUGCGGCAGCAGUGCGUCAAACAGGAGCUCGUGUGCAAGUGGCUCGAACCGGAUCGCGAGAAGCGCCGCUGCGGCAGAACCUUCGGCACCAUGCACGAGCUGGUGGCGCACGUUUCCACAGAGCACGUCGGCGGCCCUGAGCAAUGCAACCACGUGUGCUUUUGGGAAGAAUGUCCUCGACAGGGAAAGGCCUUCAAGGCCAAAUACAAACUGGUGAACCACAUUCGCGUGCACACCGGGGAGAAACCGUUUGCGUGUCCGUUCCCAGGAUGCGGUAAAGUGUUCGCGCGCUCCGAGAACCUGAAAAUACACAAGAGGACGCAUACAGGUGAGAAGCCGUUUCUGUGUGAGUACGAGGGCUGUGACCGACGCUUCGCCAACAGCAGCGACAGGAAGAAGCACAUGCACGUGCACACAUCCGACAAGCCGUACUUGUGCAAACUGUGCGACAAGUCGUACACUCAUCCCAGCUCUCUGAGAAAACACAUGAAGGUUCACGACGAGCAGAGUCCGAUGGCGGAGUCGUCACCAACCGGAAGUUCCGGGUACGAGUCUUCCAGUUUGGUGUCGCCAUGUUCAGAGACUCAGAGCACCAGCAUGUCUCCAGACUCUGCCGUGAUGAACAGCAGCAGCAUAGCGUCCAACUUCAGCGAGUGGUACGUUUAGGAACCAGGAACCCUCACACCCAGGCUGUAUCCCAAAUUGUCCACAGCUCUGCAUAAUGGGACGCAACAGGAUUCCAGGACUUUAGGACUUCAGUGAUCAACAACGUAGACAAUCCUCUAAAAAUAUAGUCAUAUUGUUUAUCAAUUAAUCCCAUCCAGUGAGCGAUAUGUUAUGGACUCCAUAUGGACAGGCUACAUAGCCUUCUCACGCUUUAAUGUUUUUACUACCACCUGUGGUGAUGCCCCUCUCUAUUCCUCCACUCCAUCCCUUCAUCCCUUUAAUUUUUUUCAGCAGGAUU